GAUUACAAACGACGAACUUGAAAAAUUUAGGCUUAACUUUUCAAGAUGCGCGAACCGUUACGUAGCUCCUUUAAGACUUUGAGACGUUGCUCGUAUUGUUAGUAAGGCAGAAAUUUCAACUUUGUCAUGUUAAGGAAAUCAUGCGUUCAGUCUGGCAGAGUAGUUUAUUGUAGAGGAAAGUAUACUGUAGCAUGUCUUGCGAGUUGCAUUAUGUUAGUGACUUUAUCCUUUGUAGAAAGUCUUGAUUAUCUGCGGCCAAAAAUAUCGAGCUCUGCAAUUUUUGCAACAUGAUCCUCAGCAAUAUUGGCUCUUUUGUGGCCCAAAUCUAUUCGCUUUGAAUACGCUUUGAUGCUUCCAAUUUCCUGUCUGUAAGCUUUAGCUUCGCCCACAAAAUGUAUGUAGAGAUUUAUUGUAAAUAAACGUUAGAAAACGCGGAUUUCAAGUCACAUCUGCCUUCCUUACAUAUUGUAAGCUUUAUCAUUUACUAGCCGCUCUUGUAACAUCUUGUACAUUGUUGAGUUAUUUAGCUGGUAAGUUGUAAUAGACUCGUCCUCACACGCCUGUGGAAUGAUUGAGUUUCUUUAUACCCGUAUAAUAGGCCAUUUCCGAGUUGGCUUGGGCCACUGUGCCAAAACCAGUCUUCGUGCGGAAGCAUUCAUAUGGAAACGAGUUCAGCCUACAGGUUCAUUUUCAUGCAAAUCAAACUUCAUAAAAAAGGUUUGCUCGUUUUGAAACAGAGGCACAAGGCAACUCGAAAAUGGCCUAUUAACGUCCUCAUUCGUUAAGGGAGACGGCCUUGGACGAGUUAAGUUGUAUAAUAAUUUGUGUUAAUAAUCGCUAGCCCUGUCUUUAUUGUGACUACUGUAGAUACGCAAGAACAAGUAAAAAUAAAGUUACUUAAAGCUAAGAUUCAUCAGCGGAGUCUCCUCAGUGUGUUUACUUGUGCAAUGUCAGCAUUACUGGACUUCCACCCCAGUUCCUCAACCGAGACCACUUUACGUCAGCAGAGCUGACUCUCCCUCUUCGCCGGCGGACCAUUAUUUUUUGAGGGGGUCGGGGGCUGGGCAAUUUCCGAAAAAGAGAGAAAUUCCCGCAUAGCAAAAACUGCUGAAAACAAAAUCGGGCAAGGGGAGGCUUGAGAAAAAAAUUGAGCAAGUGAUUUCUACUAUUCAGGUCCUAUUUUUGAUAUUUAAAAAAUAAAAAAUAAUAAAAAUUGCACAAGCUAUUGCCCACCCAAAAAGAUACGCACAACCGUAGGGUGAGAAAAAAUUGUCAUGCCCCAGAAAAUUGCCCAACACCCCCUCCACCUCCCCCUCCCUCCUCGUCAAAAAAUAAUCGUCCGUCCCUUAGUGAGAAUCGUAGUCAAUUCGUGAAUCUCUAGAGUCACGUUUUUCCCGCUUCAUUCAUACAGGCGUGCCCGUGAAUACACUGGCACACUGCCUCACAUCACAACAAUUGUUCAUUUUAAUUCCGAGCAGGUCUAGCCAAUGAAAUUCCUUGCGCAAAGUGACAACGAAUAUACCACCCGCAACAAGCCAAAGAUGGUAGAAGAAAGUUGCGCUUGAUAGUUGCUUUCUAUAAAUAAAUAAUAGUGAUAGAUCUGUUUUUGUAAACAAUCCUACAAGAGCGUAAGAACAUUAAUGUCAAUUCGCAAAGAAAGUAUUUUCAUUUGGCUUACUGGACAAGUUUAAAGAAAAUGUUACUUGAAUUUUAUUCUUUUGUGACGAUUUGCUGAUGGAAAUCGCUCUCUGGAAGUCGUCUGCUCUGUGGAAAUCGUCUUUCUUUGGAAGUUGUUGGCUAAUUAAGCUGAAUGAUCACGGUUCGGGGUGUGUUUAAAACGCCCAGCAGAAGUAGUUAAAGGAGAAGCUUAUAUCAAGCGCGAGAGCUAAGAGGGGAGAAAAUUUGAAGGUUUUCAGAAGUUCUUCUAAAAGAAAUGGCGGCGAAAGGCAAUUGAAGCUUCAUCAGCUAGCUUGAUAGUUUUGUAUGACGAAAGCUCUGGUGCUAAGGAUAUCUAGUAAUGCUUUAGCUGUAGGAGAUUUUUGAAGAAGACGCAAACAAAACGAAUCACAAAGGAACGGCUAUAAAUAGUGUCUAACCCCCAUAUAGUGUUUGCCCUCGUACAGAGGAGCGUCUUGUAUACGUAUUGAGAUCGUUUGCAUAAAACUAUAUCAAGAAAUGUCUAAAACAGUUCGAUUUGCGGGCCAAACAACUGGAGAUUACGCCGAAGCUGUAGCAACUGAGAUACUGCAAGAAAGACAACAGCGCAAAUUCAGAAAUGAGAAAACUGGAAAAGGGAAAGGCAAAAAGCGAAGACGCAGAGGUCCUGAACCAGUAGCUGUAAAUAGUUCAAGAUUUGCUGGAGUAAACAAAGGGUUACUGGCCGAAUUCAUAAUUUUUUUACUGCUUCAAGGAUUUGACUUAUUUAGUAACAGUUGGGUCUUAAACGAGUCACUCGGAAUUCUUAGCAGAGUGGAAGAGUAUGAAAACUACCCCAAUGUUUCGGCCAUAAACAAUUCCGUUCCGAGUUUGUGCGUGAGGGUGCAGUGGUCCAAAGAGGAGAUUACCAAACAGGUGGAUCAUUUCUCGUCUGUGAUAUACGUUUACUGUUUCUUUCUCGCCCUUUCAUCGUGCAUCUUUACCUUACAUCUACUGGCUUGGUUAUACACGCUUCAGCUUUCACUCAGAAGUCGACGAUUUAACGCGAACACCCAAGAGGCUCUGAUCAAAAUGAAGGUGUACUUUCUUAUCGCUGCCAGUAUCCUGCAGGACAUUCCACUGUCUGCGAUCUCUGCAGAACUCUUCUCUUUGCAACAAGGCCAGGAGGGCUUGGUGUGUUGGUAUUGUAAAGUGUCCGGUCUUUGCAAGGAACAGGAACAGCUUGCAAGUAGGUUAAGUCGAAGCACAACCGCUGUGUGGCUGAAUUUCGCUGCUAUCGGUCUCACGUCCCUUUGGAAAGGCAUCUCGAGCUUUUACAGGUGGAGUCGAGUUGACGCUUGUGAAGCGUUCUAUUUCAGAGCAUGUACAGCGGUGUUUGCUGGCUUUCUGUACUCCAUCGUCAUACUGACCCCCGCCAUGACAGUGCUGAGGUACCGUUACUUCGUGAGGCCGGGUGUAACUGGUGGAUUGCUGAAAGACGCCAUUGAUCGAGUUUACGUCAUCGGUGCCAUAUUCUGGGUUUUGGUUCUCCUGGUCAUCUUUUGUUGUCCCUUGUUGAAUCUUAUCAGAGUAGCCCAGUAACUAUGGAGGCAUAUCCACGACAAAAUUCAAUUCUCGGACAUCGAUCCAAGCGAAAUGGCAUCAAGCUAAUUCUGCGAACAGUCAUAACGCAGAUAGGCAUAACGCUAAGAGUCAUAACGCAGAAAGGCAUAGCGCGAAUAGGCAUAACGAAAAAAGGCAUAACGCGAAAAGGCAAAAGGCAAAGACGCAUAACCUAAGUAGGCAUAACACAAAAGCCAUAACGCAAAGAGACAAAGUUAGUAGUCAUAACGCAAGUAGGUAUAACGCAAGUAAGCAUAGAUUACCUCUAUAAAUAACAAGCAACAGAGGUUUAAAGUUUUCAGGUUACAGUACACAAGAAAUGAUUAUUCGCGAAAUCUGUCUAAGUGAAACAAAAUAAAUAAAUUAUUGAUUAAUGAAUAGGAAUUUCCAGUGGCACAUCCUAGGGAGAGGCCACUCACCCACUGUUUCCAGAUCGCAUUGGAAUUUAGAAGUGUUGGUUCACGUUUCCGUUAAUUAUUGAUUAUUUUGAAAUAGAAACUACCCUCCAUGCAUUUUUAGAAUCUGAUUGGCUCUCUCAUCGUUUUCUCUUUAAUAAAUAGAUUCCAUGUUACUGUGC